AUGGGACUCGCGUGGAGGGAGUUCAAGACCUACUUUCACUCGAUUUGGCUCCUGGCUGCUCCGUUGCUCCUCAGUCCGCUUCUUUUCUGCGGCCAGCCUGGAAAAUGUGCUUUCGUCAUUUUGGUCAUGUCCUGUUAUUGGGUCGCAGAGGUUCGUAAUAAUCGAAAAUCUUCUUCGGAAACGCAUUUCAGGUAGCUCCUUUGGCAGUGACGUCACUCCUGCCAAUGAUUUUGCUCCCGAUUCUGGGAAUUCAAAGCAUCAAGAAAGUUGCGCCAACGUACUUCAGCGUUCGUUUAUUGAUAAGUCGAGUGAACCCUGCAAAUUUCCUUUUUUGAAGUUUUUUUCUCUGUGAGAAAAUCGUAUGAAUUCGUAUUGGUCUUCUGAAAAUUCCUAGACGCUUCAUAUUUUCUAAUCGAAAACGAAACAUUUCGAGAAAAGUUAUUUGAUUCGUAAAUAACCAAAAAAAAAAAUGAGAGUAAAAAAACCUCAUUUUUAGGACACUAAUAUGGUUUUCUUCAACAGUUUGAUGUUGUCUUUGGCCGUAGAAGAAUGCAUGCUGCACAAAAGAAUCGCCCUCAAAAUGCUCACCUACUUUGGCACCAGACCUGCAUGGUUCGGAAAACACUUUUCUUGUUGAACUCGUCCUUUUCAGGCUCAUGGCGGGCUUCAUGUGCAUCACGAGUUUCAUGUUGGCUUUCCUGAAGAUUCUAACGCGACCUCCAAGAUUGCAGAUCUCUGUGGAUUUCGGACACGGCGUGCUGCGCUCUCAUGUCGCCGAUCGCCUACGCGUUGCUCGAGCAGGUCAUGGCUCCGAAAAUGGCGCCGCCCAAGAUCAUCGAAGCAGCAGAGGAGAGUUCCAACCAGAGACUUGACAUGAAACGGCUUUCGGCCAGAGAUCGAGGUGGGGCAGGGGCAGUGCGAUGAUUCAGAAUAUCUGAUAGAAGCGUACAUCAUUGAAUUGGUUCAUUUUUUUCGUGUUUCAAAAAGCGGGAUUUUUUUCAGCAUAUUUCUGAUAGCCUUGGAAGAGGAACGCUUCUUUUCAGGUAUCUGCAAAUGUUUAAUGCUUUUGGUUGCUCAUGCUUCGCUUAUCGGCGGUACAGGAACUAUCAACGCUACCGGACCAAAUCUCGUCUUCCGCGAUACUCUCGUCAAGUAAUCGAGUUCGAAGAAAGUAUUUCAGUGGUUGAUUCACAGAAGAUUUCCUGGAGAGGACACUGGAAUUUCAUAUCUUUCGUGGAUGGCUUUCGCCGUUCCGCCAAUGAUAGGCUAUAUGUUCGCCUCCUGGUUUAUCGUUCAGGUUCCAAUUUUUCCAGCAGUUUUUGCAACCUUCCUUUCUAGUUUCAAUUUUUGGGAAUCAAGUAUAUGGGCUCAAUUUUCAAAAAACCAUCAGACGAAGAAAGAAAAGACGAAGAAGCGACUCGUCGAGCCGUUUUCAAGUCCUAUCAAGAGCUGGGACCGAUAACGUCCGCAAUUCCCUUCGUAGUCUUUUCAGAAAUCAUUUCAGUUGGGCCGAAAAAUCUACUCUCACAAUAUUUUCUCUGGCCAUCUUUUCUUGGAUGACCAGUGAUCCGAAGGUGGUGCCUGGCUGGGCGCAGCUUUUCAAAUAGUUUUGUUUUUUCUAAAAGUUCGAAACGCUAAAUUGUGAUUCAGCGACUACGUGACGGAUUCCUGCUCGGGACUGAUUGCAGUUUUCAUUUUGUUCCUGUGGCCAAAAGAGAAACCUGAUUUUUUGUGCUUUAGGGAAGGUUCGAAGAGUUGAAAUUCUGCAAAAAAGGAAACAAUUUGAGAUAAAAAGCGCAUUUCUGUGAAAAGAGACCCGUUGGUGACGUGGGCUACGGUUCAGAAACGUUUUCCUUGGUCCAUCAUUUUGCUCCUCGGAGCCGGUUUUGCGAUAUCCAAUUCAGUCAAGGUACAGUGGAUAAAGUUUCGAAACAAACGAACACUUUAACGAUAUUUUAUUGAAAAACAAAGAACUUUCUUGAGCUUUAUAUGGCUUCAGUGAACAUGAAUGUAAUAGAAAAAGUCAGAUUGAGAGGAAAACACGACAAAUGAUUGCUGAUUAUUAAUUAUUCGAAGAAACUUUGAAUGAGUCUGAAUUAUUUAGCUUUGCUAAUGACCUUCUUUUCGCAGGAAAGCGGACUGUCUGAUUUGAUCGCCUGCAAGCUGAACUCGUCCAUCUCGACGCUGCCGUUCUUCGUCAUGCAAAUGAUCAUCUCGAUCGUGGUGGUGGUGAUGACGGAGUUCUCUACGAACACGGCCACCGCCUCCAUCUUCAUUCCCAUCACCUUCCAAAUGGCCGAAUCUGUCCACGCCCAUCCCCUCUACUUCUCGAUUCCGGCCGCCAUCGGGCCUUCCUUCUCAUUCAUGCUUCCGAUGGCCACGCCGGCUAACGCCAUCGUCUACGAAACCCGAACGAUGCGCAUGAUUGACAUGGCAAGUUCACUAUAUUUAAAAAAGUUUAUUUUAUUUCCGAUAAUAUUCCUUCUAAUUAUUUUUUUAACUAACUCAGUAACAGCCGACCAAAUAUUUUCCGGUCUCUCUCUUACAUUUGAAGGCCAACAAGAUAUAACUUGAGAAAUUGAAGAAUCUCUCUUCGAAAGCUAAAGUCUCUAAAAAUCUAUAUAGCUGAUUCAUGGCUGGCUUGAACCAUCGAUAAAAGGGUCCUGACACGAGACAUAAAAACUUACUGGGUUAUGUUUUCCACUGAAAAUCGAGUUGAUAAUUGAGACUUUGUGAGUUGGAUAAGCCCAGGGAAGAGCUCUCGGAAUCAAAAAAAUGAAAUUCUGCUGAACCCCUCAGACAGCCGAGCAGAAGCUUUUCGAAACCUUUUCUGUUCGGAAUAUUUUCGUCUCCUCCGUUUUUAAUUAUUUUUUUAACGAUUAUUAAAAAAGCGCCAUUACCUUUUAGAGUCUUUUUCUUAAUUUUAAUUUUUUUUUUAGAAAUUUAUCUUCUCGAACUCUAACUCUCACAAUUAUCUGUUAUAAAAAAAACUGCAGGUCUCGUGCGGGAUCUUUCUCAACAUACUUUGCAUUGGAAUCACAGUUCUGAACAUGAACACGUGGACGUAUUGGCUGUUCGACCUGGGCACCUAUCCGGAUUAUGCUCUGCGGCACCCUUCCAACGCCUCUUCGUGUAAUCUUUGA